AUGUUGGUUUUCACUCUGCCCCGCUCCCUCUAUAAAAUCCCCCAACAGAUAACAGUUCACAAAAGCUUAUCAAUUCCCAAAUUCCCAACCAGAACAACUCCUCCGCUCUCCGAUUCCGCAAAUCCGAGAAGAAAGGUGCAAUUUUUACCUUCAUCAUCGCCGGAAACCAUGGAAAGCCCAACCCCCACCUCCUUUCCCGGCGAAUUCAACUCCACUUUAUCCAACCUCCUACUCUCCGGCACAAACGCAAUCGACUCCAUCUUCUCCCACCUUCCACCCCCCACCACUCCCUCCCCCGCCGCAGAACCUCUCGGCUCCUCCGUCUACCUCCGCCAGACCGAGCUCCUUCUCCGCUUCAGCUACCAGAACCGCGUUGCUGCUGCGGCCGCCACCGCCGCAGAGACUGAAAUGAAGAAGAAGAUUUACAGGGGCGUGAGGCAGCGCAAUUGGGGCAAAUGGGUUGCGGAGAUCAGGCUGCCGCAGAACCGGAUGCGGCUGUGGCUCGGGACCUACGAUUCGGCGGAGGCGGCUGCGUAUGCUUACGACCGGGCGGCGUACAAGCUUCGUGGGGAGUACGCGCGGCUUAACUUCCCGGAGCUCCGGGACGCCGGAGCAGAGUGCUCGGAUAAACUGCGCGAGCUCCGGUUAGCUGUGGAUUCAAAGAUUCAAGCUGUUUGUCAGCGGCUGGCAAAGCAGAGAAAGAAGAGGAGAGGUGAGGGGGAGAAGAAGGGGGAGGAUAGAAAGGGAGAACAGAGCUUAAUGGUGGGUGAAGGUGGCGGGGAGAUGGACGGCGGGGAGUGCUCUUUGGCCAGGUUUCCUUCUUUUGAUGUCGAUCUUAUUUGGGAAGUUCUUGCUAAUUAGCCGAAUAGUUCAUGGGAGAAGAAUACAAAUCUCCGGUGAUGGCCGGAGUGCAUUUUUUUUUGGGUCAUGAAUUUGAGACUUGUAAAAUUUAUAACUUCUCAUUUAAGAAAAAAAAAAAUUGUAAAAGAUUUACAUGUUUAUGCUCCUCACUAGGCUUUGUUACACGAAAGUCACGAGGUGGAAGAGGCAUCGUCGUCUCCGAUCGAAGAGGCAUCGUCGUCUCCGAUCGAACACGAUAAAUAUCGGGUGUCACCUUUUGCUUAAUCGAACGAAGCAUGACUAUGUUCUCAAAUGAAAUUUUGAUAGUUUAGUU